CUGACAGGCGGUGCUUCGGUCGCUCCCAAACAUGGCCUCCAUGACGGUGCGACCACUUCAAGUUUGAUUUCUCACUGAUUAUCUGCGUCCAAACUGCGUGUUUUUCCUUCUACAGCUCACGGGAAUGUUUCCACGGAGCAGCUCUGUACGGCAGACACCAGAAGCAGAUGUUUUCUGUCGCAGAAGUUCGGUGCUGAUCACGUCGCUCUAAGUUGACUGAAAACUGGAGAGGAAAAGGAGAACCGCGUCAAAUCAAAUGCCCUCUGAGGCUCAGGAGCCUCGAGACAGAGGGCCCCCCCACCCCCUCACGCGGGCUGGACGCAGCGCUCAGCUGGCCAAAGCUGCAGCCACUAGCCCCGCCCCUGAGAAGCGACCCCGCGGGCGGCCUCGGAAGGAUGGGAACCACGGCCGCCCAGCGCCUCCUGCUCCUCCUUCACCCAAAUCUAAGAAGGGGCGAAGCCGAGGAAGAGCCCAGGUAGAGGGUGAAGAAAGCACGGGGACUACAGAGAAGAGGCGACUCCAGAAAAAGACAGAGCCCAAGGAGCCCCCGGAGGCCAAGGGACCGCAGGAAGCCAUGGAGCCGCUGGAGCCCCCAGAACCCAAGGGGCCGCAGGAAGCCAAAGAGCCCCCAGAGGCUAAGGAGCCCAAUCAGCUGCUGGAGCCCAAGGAGUCACUGAAACCCCCAGAGCCCAAGGGACUGCGGAAAACCAAGGACCUGGUGGAGCCUCCAGAGCCCAAGGAUCCCCCAGAGCCCAAGGAGCCACCAGAGGCCAAGGGACCUCCAGAACCCAAGGAGCCUAAGGGACCUAAGAAGCUUGUGGGGUCCCGGAGGUUCAUCUCUAGGCAGAAGUCCCACAAAAACCCUGAACCAGACCUUGAAAUGAGCCAGGUUGGGCUCAGUCCUAGUCCUGAACCAGCUCCUGAGCCCAGAGUCCCAAAAUGCAGCUCAAAACCAGCCCCUGUUUCUGAGGAGGAAGACAGUACCAGAACCGGUCCCUUUACUGUUGACCUGUUAUCUCAGGUCCCUGUGGAGGAUCCUCAGGUUGGCGCUCCAGAACCAGGGGAACCCACCCACAGCCCCACCCCUAUUGAGACCAGCUGUCCUAGUAGGGUUUCCAUGGACACCAAGGAAGGCUGUAUUGUCGGUCCGGUGCAGCAGAAUCAAGAGCUGAGUCCCCACUCCAGUCCUCCAGUGUCCCUUUGCCUGGAGGACGAGGACGAGGGCUCCCUUUCCCCCCUGUUCCAGCACUCCCCAUCAGAGGAAUCAGGGGGCUCACCUGCCCCAACCCUGGGACACGCCAAGAAACGGCUGAAGCAAUGUGCCUUCUGUUACCGCGGCGACCAGCCUCCUCUGGGCCAGGGCCGCCUUGUGGUGUUCGGUCCGACCCCAGGCUACAUCCCGCUCCACAUCCUGAACCGCCGCACCUCCUCUGAUCGUGUCGAUGACUGCCAUGACCACUGCUACCAUGGAGACAGGGCCCCGCCCACGUGCAGCAGCCCAGCACAGUGUGAAGAUGAAUCUUCUUCAGAGUUCAUGCGACAACUCGGCCCCAUCGGCCUUCCACACGACAUCAACGUCCAAUCACUGUUCGACCCCACAGGUCAGUGCUGUGCUCACCUGCAGUGUGCCGCCUGGUCAGAAGGUGUGCGGCAUGGCGAUGGCCAGUCUUUGCUCUUUGUGGACAAAGCCAUCGACUCAGGAAGCAGCCAGGUAUGUGGGUUCUGCCAAUGCCUGGGUGCUUCGCUGCGUUGCCAGGAGACGGGAUGUGGGCGGAGCUACCACUUCCCCUGUGCUGCUGCUGCUGGCGCUCAUCAGGACUGGACCCAAAGGCUCACACUGUGCCCGACGCACGCCGGCCCAGGCUCCUCAAGAUGUUUGUCGUGUUUGGGCGGAACCGAACCCGGCAACUUGUUGAUGUGCUGUUGCUGCGGUAGCUGUUACCAUGGCAACUGCCUGGAGCCAGCUCUCACCCUGUCCCCUCUGGUCCGGUCUGGGUGGCAGUGUCCCGCCUGCAGGGUGUGUCGCAGCUGCAGGUUACGGGGUGACGAAGGCCUUCUGCUGGUGUGUCAGCGCUGUGAUAAGGCCUACCACACACACUGCCUCUCUCCUCCGUUGGACGGCACACCCAACAGCGCUUGGACCUGCAAGAACUGCAGAGUCUGUCGCCGAUGUGGUGUGACAUCAUCGGGUCAGUGGGCCAAUCAUCAGUUUCUGUGCGAGUCAUGUGACCCUGCCCUGCCCUGUCCUCUCUGUUACCGUGCUGUUGACUUUGCCUCGCUGCAGGACAGUCUGGCCUGCAGCAGCUGCUACAGGUCUGUUCAUGCUGAGUGUUCGGGCCAAGCUGGGGAGCGCACAGCAGAGUCUGACCUCUACCUCUGCUCCUCCUGCAGCCCUUUUGAACAGCAGCUAGCCCCUCCCUCUGACACCUCUCUGGCGCUUAGUCCACCUGCUGCUCCUGAUACAGGCCAGCUUUUCUGCCUGGAGCUACCACCUAGUCCUCUGCAGAGUCCGAACUUAGAGCUCCAACCUAGUCCCACACCCUCUUCUGGAGACCAUCCAAUAAGUUCUGUAGCAAGUGAAAGCAUUCUUGGAACGUCUCAGAAAGACCUCCAACUCACUCCUCCACGGUCUCCAUCCUAUCGGAAGAACGGUGUUGCAGCAUCACUAGAAGUCCUCGAAAGAAGUCCAUCUCCACCUACCGGAUAUCAGAGGCACACAUCGUCACCAGAGCAGACUGACCUGCCGUCGUCACUUACUCUCGCAAAAUACGAACCACCUGUUAUAUCACCAUCCACCUUCUGUCAGAGCCUGGAGCAUGCUGCAGCCGAGCCCCAGCAGAGUCCUGCGUCCCCUCCAACCGGGCCCCAGCGGAGUCCUGCGUCCCCUCCAGCCGGGCCCCAGCGGAGUCCUGCGUCCCCUCCUGCCGAGCCCCAGCGGAGUCCUGCGUCCCCUCCUGCCGGGCCCCAGCGGAGUCCUGCGUCCCCUCCAGCCGGGCCCCAGCGGAGUCCUGCGUCCCCUCCAGCCGAGCCCCAGAGGAGUCCUGCGUCCCCUCCAGCCGAGCCCCGGCGGAGUCCUGCGUCCCCUCCAGCCGAGCCCCAGUGGAGUCCUGCGUCCCCUCCAGCCGAGCCCCAGUGGAGUCCUGCGUCCCCUCCAGCCCAGCCCGAUUGGGGUCCUGCGUCCCCUCCAGCCCAGCCCGAUUGGGGUCCUGCGUCCCCUCCAGCCCAGCCCCAGCGGGGUCCUGCGUCCCCUCCAGCCGAGCCCCAGCGGAGUCCUGCGUCCCCUCCAGCCCAGCCCCAGCGGAGUACUGCGUCCCCUCCAGCCGAGCCCCAGCGGAGUCCUGCGUCCCCUCCAGCCGAGCCCCAGAGGAGUCCUGCGUCCCCUCCAGCCGAGCCCCAGCGGAGUCCUGCGUCCCCUCCAGCCGAGCCCCAGAGGAGUCCUGCGUCCCCUCCAGCCGAGCCCCAGCGGAGUCCUGCGUCCCCUCCAACCCAGCCCGACCGGGGUCCUGCAACCGAGACCUAUAGGGUUUUUGUUGAGACUCUGAGUACUGCUUCACCUUCUUCCGAGACCCAUCAGAGUCCAUCAACACCUCCAGAGGAGACGCAUAAGAUUCCUACUAUGCCUACAAGCGAGACCCAUCAGAUUCCUGCAAGAAAUCCAGCUGAGACUCAUGAGAUUCUUGUUGAGACUCAGAGUCCUGCAUCACCUUCCUCCGAGACCCAUGAGAGUCCAUCGACAACUCCAGCCACGACCCAUGAGAGUGUUUUAAGAACUCUUGCCGAGACUCAUCAGAGUCCAUCAUCAACACCCUCAACCGAGACCCAUCAGGAUUCUGUUUCACCUCCAGUGGUACAUCAAAGUUCUGAGGGGACCUAUCAGAGUUCUGCAGCCCUUCCAGCAGGGAUCAGUCAACUCUUACCAGAAGAGGCUGAAGUCUCUGGUGAAUUUUCUCUAAAGACAGCACAAAGUCCUUCCUCCACUACAGAGGAGCCCCUUAAGAAUCAUGUAAUAGAGAACUCAAACAUUGUCCUAAACCAUCUUCCAUUCACCCUGUGUCAGAGCCCUUCAGCACCUCAAGAGGAGGCCCAUCGGAGUGUUGCAGUACCAGCAGAUGAUUUUCCUCAGACCUCUGCUAAACUUCCUGCAUCAAUUCUAGAGGACAGCCAUCCAAAUCUUGGACCAUCUCCAGAGCACAGCCACCAAAGUCCCUUAUGCCUUGUACAAGAUCCUGAUAGAAACGAUGCAUCAUCUCUAGAGGAGACCCAUAAGAGUCUUCUACCAUCUCUAAAAAAGACUCAACCCCAUAGAAACCUUGUUCCAUCAGCAGAUGAGAAGGUUGCUGGUCAGGUCCAGGGACCAUCUUUAAAAGAGAUCCGCUCACCCUCUCCACAGACAACCCAUCAAAGUUUGCUGCUCUCUUCUGAUCAGCUGAUUCCUCCAAUGUCUCCCCUAAAGUCUCAGCAACCAUCUGUGGAGUCUCCUGGUGAGAAAUAUGAAACUCCUGCUCCAUCUCCAGAAGGCACCUAUCAAUCUGGUCCACCCCCUAGCCACAUGUGUAUAAGUCCAGAACCAUUACUAAAAAGUUCUGCUCGGUCUCAUGGGGAGACUUGCCAGUUUCAAGAACCUCCUCUGAAGAACUCGGAUGAAGGUUUGGUUCCAUAUCCAGAGGCCGAUCUCCAAAGUCUUGUUACAUCUCCUAAAAAUCUCAAACAAGAUCAUCCACCAUCUCUUGAAAGGACAGAAGACUGUCCUGAAUUAAACCUCGUAAACUUCUCAGAAGUAGCAGCUUUGUUGCCUAAAGAGAUCCAUCCAAGUUCUGCUGAACUAUCACAUUGCCAAGAAAGUAGUGAUAGAGAUCACCAGGACAGCUUCAGGCUUGCACAUUGUAUGUCAAGCUCAACAUUAUCUCACCCUGCUUCCAUUGACCAGCAGUCACCUUCCUCAUCACCACACUGUCAGUCAGAAAACCAGGAAUGUGCCCUGUCACACCAACUUGAACCUGAAAGGCUUCCUCAAUCUCAGGCCAGUCCAACAGGAUUUGAGUUUGGUCCAGUGUCCUCUCGUCCUAGUCCAACCAAAAGGUCCCCUGUAAAGGUUCUUCAGAGUUCUUCUAAGCUCAGUUUGAACUGUCCUUCUUCUGAACCAGACUUCACAGAGGACCAGCUCGGUACUCGAUCUCUGCAGGCACAUCUGGGUAACAACCCUCAGCCACAGAGUCUGAGUACAUCAGGGCUGAGUCCUACCAGGCUUCAACAAGGAUACCACCUGGAACCUGAGGCACUGCUACAGAGACCAUGCAGUCCAACAAGCAUCAUGAACUCCCAGCCCAACCAUAAAUUGGAAGCUGGUAUAUCUUAUCCGCAAACUCCCACAACACUGGACCACACAACCACUGGCUCAGACCUUUCACAGAAUCUCUGUAAUCUGAACCCUAAAUCACCACAGAUAUUUGGCACAUCUACCAAGAUGGCACUUGGAUCCUAUUCAGCUCCUUGUAGCCCUCACCCUCUCCUGGGGAAAUCUAGACCCCACAGUUCUUCACAACCUGCAAGUCCAACUCAGCACCACUACAACAAAAUGGUCAGGCAAAGUAUUGACUCUGGUGGACUGAAACUGGAAGGUAUAGAGUUCACCCAUGACUCCUCCACAGUGCAAUCUGCUGAGAACUACCGGCCUCACAUACCUGCCCUUCAGAUGCCAGAAAGCCUUGAUAACAGUAGCACUUCUUUUGAACACAGUAGCCUAACUUACUCACCUUGUGUUAAGGACACAAAGGUAAACCAGAGUCCUUACAAAAGUCUGUCACCCUGCACAAGUGAUAGUUCCAAGCAAGCUGAGCCAGUGCCUACAAUGCCUACAAACCCUGCCUUCUGUCUCAAAGUCUUGCCAAUAGAGACUGACCCCACACCACAGUCAGCAAGUCUCAUACCAGCUAAGUCCUCAACACAACAAAAUGGUCCAGAGUCUCCAUCAUUAAUUGAAGCACAACUGGCUCAACCUGGUGACUCAAUUUCUGGUCAGGGUAAGGAUAUAGAGCUCCACCCAGAUAGACUGGUCCAUACUGAGGCCCUUAUUGACUUUGGUCCCACACAAGUCCACAGCUCUGCAAUGACAUCUUCUACCCAUACUCUGUCAGCUAAUAGUUCUGUUGCCAACAGUCUGACUAGUAUUCCCACAAGUGAUGUCUCUCCAAGGACUAGUCAUGCUGGUCAAACUAAUACUGUUUGUAUAGUACAAACACCCGUUAGCCCACUUCAGAGUCCAGCUCUGGAUGGGACAGUGCUCCACAGACCCAUGUCCAACCCUGGAACCAGUCCCAGCCUUCGCCAAACUCCCUACAGCCCGGGCUCUCUGUCAGAUUGGGUCCGGGGAGUUGAUCUUUCCACCCAAAUAUCUACUGUUCCCCCUUACUCUGUUCUGGAUGUUGGUGCUGUCCAAACAGCAGAACCCAAUGAAGGGUCCCAGAGACCUAGUGACCCUGCUCGGUCUACUCAAAGCCUUGCCAGUCCUUCAGGCUCUGUCCACCCACAGGUUAGCCCUCCAUCUGUAGUAUUGACUUCAACGCUUCAGGCUCCAGUUAGCUUUGUCAGAACUUCACAAGAAUGUUCUGUCCUUGGGGCAGUGGGUUCAGAAAGUCCUCAUGCUUGCCCCAUACCAGGUCCUGUGCAGCUGAAGCCAAGUUCUGAUAGGAGUACCAUUGAUUCAUUGCCUCCAGAGUCUGGUUCUGAUUUUGGUCCUGGUCCUAAACAGCAACAGUUCAGUCUUGAUCCAUGUAACCAUGUUCAGUCAGUAGCUUGCUCUGAGAACCACCACAAUCUUGAUUGUGCUGGUUCUGGUGUGGACUUUAGCCUUAUCCCCGAACGGCCUAGUUCUGUACAUGGUCAUGGACCUGCUGGAGCAGAGCAGAGGAGUGCUGAGGAAGAGCAAGGAGAAGCAGCGAUGGAGAGUCCAGAAGAUGAGGUCAAUCCUGCUGAGAUGACUGAGGUACAAGGAGACGAUGAGGAGAGUAGCCCAACACUGGGUCCGGUCUGUCCUUCAGUCUCCCUGUCCUCCUGUCCUUGCUCUCAGGCCACAUCCCCUAGAGGAGACCAUCCUCCAUUGGCUGAGAGGAGGAAUGUGGAGGAAGAGUACAGCCAAUCACAGAGCCUGAAUAAACUUGUUGUCAUGGCAACAGAAUCAACCAAAGAUGGACACCAGUCCCAUUCCGAGCCUUCAGAGAAGCAGGAGAUAAGGUCAGUAGAGAGACACCAGCCAAUCAGAGAUGAGGAGACGGGACCAGAUGAGGAGACCUCAGAUGGCCCAAUUCUGGAUCUGGACCAAUCCCUGGACAUGGAGGUGAUGGAGCUGAUGACCUCAGCCGCACCUCCCGCCUCCCGCAGAGGAAAGUGGCGGAGCCUAAGGCCCCUCCCCUCCUGGUCCCGCCCCUCAGAUGACCUGUCCAUCCGUCUACGGCAGUCUCCGUUUUCCACUGAAGCGUCCCCUGAGACCUCACCUGCCCGGACCCCGGUCACUCCUCCACCUCUGACUCCACCAACUCCUCCCUCCUCCAGAGAGACUCCGCCCCCUACCCAGGCUCCACCCACUGCCGUGUUCCUGCUGACCCCAAAGAUUGGCAUGGGAAAGCCUGCCAUCUCCAAGAGGAAGUUCUCCCCCGGCAGGGCGCGGUCCCGGCAGGUACCACAGGGUUCGUGGUGCAGCAGUCGCAGGGCGCCGAGCCCUCCCUCAUCCUCCCAGGAUUCCACGGGGGAGGGAGGUUGGAGCCCUAAGCCCCGCCCACCAGACUCUUCUCUGUGGAGCAUGAAAGUGGGUCGGGGUUCAGGGUUUCCAGGCAGGAAGCGGUCCAGAGGUGGAGCUGCUGGUGGAGGAAGAGGAGGAAGAGGCAGGAGUCGGCUGAAGGCUCAGGACAGCCUCACUGUGCUCCCUGGGGGAAGCUAUGUGGAGACGUUUCAGGCAAAGGAGGAAGAGGAGAACUCCAUGCACAACACGGUGGUGAUGUUCUCCACCUCAGACCAUUUCACUCUCAAACAGGACAUGUGCGUGGUGUGUGGCAGCUUCGGUCGGGGCUCAGAGGGCCGCCUGCUGCCCUGCUCCCAGUGCGGCCAGUGUUACCAUCCCUACUGUGUCGGCGUCAAGAUUACCCGAGUGGUGCUCACCAAAGGCUGGCGCUGCCUGGAGUGCACAGUAUGUGAAGCGUGUGGCGACGCUUGCGACCCCGCCCGCCUGCUGCUCUGUGACGACUGUGACAUCAGCUACCACACCUACUGCCUGGACCCGCCCCUCCUCACUGUGCCCAAGGGCUCCUGGAAGUGCAAGUGGUGUGUGUGGUGUGUGCUGUGUGGCUCCACCUCGCCGGGGCUGCGCUGUGAUUGGCUGAACAACUACAGCCUUUGCGGGCCGUGUGGCAGCCUCAGCCAGUGUCCCGUCUGCCAGCGGCGCUACGCACAGGACGAUCUGGUGAUGCAGUGCCAGCAGUGCGACAGGUGGGUCCACGGCGUCUGUCAGGGUUUGGCUUCGGAAGAAGAGGUGGCGCUCGCUGCCGAUGAAGGCUUUGACUGCUCUCUGUGCCGCGCCUCCUCAGGGAGGGUGGAGCCUCUGGGUUCCUUCAUGACUCAGAUGGUGUCCAGAACCAGAGAAGUGGACGUGAAGACGUAUACUCAGGAUGGCGUCUGCCUAACCGAGUCCGGUCUGACUCACCUGCAGGCCCUAGUCCAGCCUCUUGCAUCACCGCGCAAGUGCCGCAGGUGUAAACCGAAGUUGAAGCUGAGGAUCAUCAACCAGAACAUUGUUUCCGUCCUGCAGACGCCACUGGACCCAGAGACCCUCACCGAGCCGGACCAGAACCGAGCUGUGUCUGCAGGUGACCUGGACUGUGACAUGAAAUCUGACUCCAGUCCCGAGCGGGACGCCGCUCACCUGGAUGACGUCACCAAGGAGACGGACGUCACAGACGACAGCAAGAAGAGGAAGAGGAAACCAUAUAGGCCAGGUAUCGGGGGCUUCAUGGUGCGUCAGCGUGGGGGAAAAGCCGGACUCUGCAGGAAGGACUCGUCAGAGAUGAACCCGAGUCGAGAUCCAGGUAUGUUGGAGACUGAUGCUUCCAUGGAAAUGAUGUCUGCUGCUGAGCAGGCAAUGGAGAAAGUUAAGAAGAGAUACAGGAAGAAGAAGACCAAGCUGGAGGAAGCGUUCCCAUCGUACCUGCAGGAGGCUUUCUUUGGCCGGGAUCUGCUUGACCGCGGCCGACAGAUUGACGGAAGGCCGAGGACGGUGACCUCAGGUGCCAGCCAAUCAGGGUCGGCACUGAAUGUCCCCAAGGCUUCCCCCCUCAGAGCACCUGGCCCCGUCUCCUCUGUCCAGGCUCCGGGGACAGUAGCAACCAGCAGGAAACAGGGAGUGCUGCCCGUGUCGGAGGAAGUGCUGCUGGACCUUUCUGAUGUCCUGAAAACAGAUCCUCACAUCCUGGGGACAGGACGCACAGGUCAGUUCCAGGUGGAGCGCUCUCCAUCUCCCUUUGCCGGCCUGGAUAUCACCACGGCGGCCGACGACCCCCCCCUGUCAUCAGACACCCCUGGAGGUUGUGGGCGUUGCCAGAGGAUGGAGCGGGAGGAGCCUCUGGAUGCUAUCUUGAGCCCUGAACUGGACCAGAUGGUAACAGACGGAGGAAUCCUGAGCAGACUCUACAAGAUCCCAGAACUGGAGGGGAAGGAUGUGGAGGAGGUCUUCACCGCCGUUCUGAGUCCAAACAGCAGCAGUCAGCCAGAGCCCAGCAAGACCCACGGCUCAGCAGCGUGUUCUCGGCUGCCGGUGAUGAAUGGCCUGGUUGCCGCCGUUCCUCCCCUCCCCAACGCUCCCAGUGGAGGCAGCCAUAUGCUUGGCUUCAGCUUGCCUUCUGAGGGCCCCGCCCCCUCCUCUGCAUCAGCCAAUCGGCCGUCAGCUGUAGAAGGGGAGCAGGAUGUGAUGUCGACAGCUCAGAGAGGGACGCUGAAGUGGGAGAAGGAGGAGAGUCUGGGAGAGCUGGCGACCGUGGCUCCGGUUCUUUACUGCAACACCAACUUCCCUCAGCUGAAGCAGCAGUACCCCGAUUGGUCCACUAGAGUGAAGCAGAUCACCAAGCUGUGGAGGAAGGCCAGCUCCCAGGACAGAGCACCCUUCGUGCAAAAAGCUCGGGACAACCGGGCGGCCCAGCGCAUCAACAAGGUGCAGCUGUCUAAUGAGUCACUGCAGCACCUGCAGCCGCCGCCACUGCCACCGCCGCCCCAGGGGGUCUAUGACCCCAUCGCCAUGGAGACGGAGGCCGGCUGCAGAGACCCGCUGAGGCCCAGGGAAUCAGAGCAGGAGCAGGAGUGGAAGUUGAGACAGAUGAUGCGACAGAAGAGCAAGCAGCUGGCCAAGAUGGAGGCGACCCAGAAGCUGGAGCAGGUGAAGAACGAGCAGCGGCAGCAGCAGCUCCGCCAGUCGGGACGCCUGUCCCCAGAAGGCUCCGCCCACCAGCAGGUCGCCGGGGGCAACGCCACACAGAGCAGGCAGAACCUCCCGCAGGAUGUGGGGACACUGGACGAUGUCUUCCUCAGACCUCAAGUCCCCGCUCCCUCUGGGUUCUCUUCACUCCCUCACUCCCCUUUGGCCUCCUCCCCCCUCCACCAGCCGCCGUCUUCCCCCCAGAUGUUUUCCCCCCCCUCCUCCCGCCCCUCCUCACCCUGGGACCCAUAUGGUAAAGUAGCAGGUCCCCGUCUUCCUCAGCGCCUCGGCUUCCUCAGCGUCUCCCCCGCUCAUGAUGGCUCCCCUGCACUGUCCCCCGACCUGUCUGCCUCCGGUUUUCCACCAAGUAGAGCCGGCAUGGUGACCCCCUCCUCCGGCUCCCCCCCCGACCAAUCUCUCAGACCCGUCCGGGUGGGGGACUCCAGCCAGAGGACGAGCCUGACGAUGCAGGGUGGAGUGUUUAAAGCCCCUAUGCCCCCCCACCAGGAGGCAACGGGAAGGAGAGACCUGGGGUUCCCCAACAGCCCAGUGUCAGGUCUGGGCUCCCCCCACCGCAGCCCUUAUGCCUCGGGGACACCCCAGCUGGGAGACGCCCCAAGUUCACGGCCCUCCCCUGACCCUUUCAGGGACCCUCAGACCCCCGGUACGCCACACCCUCACUCUGACUGCGGCUACCUUGCCAUGCCCACAGGACUGAGAGCGGACCCGGUCAGUCAGCCGUCGCCGUCCAGCCUGGACUCCUAUCCCUCCAAUCCGGGAACUCCCCGCUCCUCGGAACGGUUCCCACGGUCCCCAGGGUCUCAGCGAAGUGUCGAUUUAUUCCCCCAGUCUGUGGGGACGCCUCGCCCCCCUCCUGAGCUGCACCUGCAGCAGCCCUCUGCCCCUCGGGCUCAGAAGACCCUGGCAGAGAGCCUCACUGCCCCGCCCCCAGCGUCAGCUUCCUCCCCUCUGGGUCCUGGACUGAUGGCGGAGAUGGGGGCCCCCAAGCCUCAACGGUCUCCAGGAAGCAGACAAGAGUCGUUGCCCAGAACCUGCAGCAGCCAGACCCCAAAGCACCCUGCGACACCUGAGAUGGGAGUUGUCCAUGCUACGGGUCAGGAUGCUCUAGAGAAGGGUCUCAUAACGACUGGCAUGUCACCGAUGGAGAAGUCAGGAACCGGUGACCUGUCCACUCUGGAUGGAGGGAGGAGCAUGCUGCCUCAGCUUGGAGACUCUGAGGAGAAACUACAACAGCGCCUGUGGCUCCGGCAGCAUAUCCUCCGGCAGCAGCACCAAAAGAUUGCCUUACGCCAGGAGAAAGGUUUGCUGGAACCCACCUCAGGACCUGCUGCUUCUAGCGGUACUCUUCACAGCUGGUCUGCUGAGGACUCUUCCAGUGCCCCUCCUCCAGACCCAUUUGAACGGCCUCCACCGCCAUACCCUGGUACAGUGAGACCUCUGACUCCUAGGUUUACUGGAUGUCUUCCAGGCGAGGAGAUGAGUGGCUUUCCUCCCAGUGAGGCGUCCCUCCCCAGACAAAACCUCCUGAGAGGACCAGCUGUCAGGUUUGGUGUUCCUCAUGGAGCCCUACAGGACCCUUCAGCGCGUCCAUCCCUUGGUCCUGCUGUGGGGCUCUGCUCCAUGGAGGGGAACCUGGUCCAAAUGAGGAGGCCUGUGCCAGCAGAGUUCACCAGUAUUCGGUCGUUAAUGCCCCACAACUCAGCAACACACAUAGUGCCAGGUGUUCCCCAACUCAUCGUCCAGCGGCCUCCUCCUCCUCAGCAGCACGGCGUCAUGCCCUACAUUGAGCUCCGACACCGCCCCCCAGAGAACCGUCUGAAGCUGCCCUUUCCCCCACCGACGCCUUCAGAGCUACAGGAAGCCACGCCCACCAGAGACCCCUCCCAGUCCACUGCGCCACGUCCGGGUCCAGUCAAGAUGGGGGAGGCAGGGCUGGGGCAGCAGCACCUGGGUUCUGCUCUCCCAGGAUCUGAGGGUAUUGAGGCGCACUUAGAGGGAGAGGACUCUGCUGUAAAGGAUCUGGAGGACGUAGAGGUCAAGGACCUGGUGGACCUCAAUUUGAAUCUGGACCCAGAAGAUGGUAAAGACCUGGACCUGGGUUCGAACGAUCUGCACCUGGAUGACUUCCUGCUGACAGGGAAGUUCGACCUUAUUGCCUAUGCUGACCCAGAGCUCAAUUUGGAGGACAAAAAAGACAUGUUCAACGAGGAGCUGGACCUUGGGGAGCCGGUAGAGGACCGGGAGGGGAGCCGACCCGCCAGGAAAAUGGAAAGCCCUGCCCACUUUCUGGGACACCCAAAACAGGAAUUGAAGGAAUCUCAGAAGACUGAAGGUCACUCUUCAGACAGGCCUCAAGGAGCUCACUCUGCCCUUCUAAUCAAGGAGAAGCUGGAGGACUCUGGUUUGGUUUCCUGUCCAGUCCCAGCCCAGGCUUUGUCCUCUGUCCAUCCGCUAAUAACUCCAGGGGAAUCAUCCGUCUUCCACCAGAGACCAUUUGGAUCCGCACCAAUCCCCCAACCGAUUCCUUCCGGUCCUGCUCCUCAGGGUGCCCCCACCCUGCCUCAAUCUCCAUCAACUCAGCCUCGACUUCUUUUAAACCCCCAGAACCAUCCUCCUCAUCCAGGCACUGAAACUCAGAGCAUGAGCUCGGUCAGCUUUCCUGAGAACCAGGUCUCCCUUCAGAACCAGAACAAGUCCAGGCCUCUCCUGCUGGAGGAGCAGCCACUCCUCCUCCAGGAGCUUCUGGACCAGGAGCGGCAGGAGCAGCAGCAGCAGAAACAGAUGCAGGCUCUGAUCCAACAUAAGUCUGACUCAGAGUCUGGAAUCUCCGACAUGGAUUUUGAGUCCAUCUCUGACCCAAUCAUGAAGGCUAAGAUGCAGGCUCUGAAAGGUAUUAACAGGGUGAUGAGUCAGGGACCCUUGGGCCUGAACCCAAUGGUCAUCAACAGGUUCCAACAGAGUCCAGGAGCCCCAGGUCCUGAGUUAACUCCUCCCACUCCUCACCUACCAGAACAGGACGGGAAGUUAACCCCUCAACUAGUGCGCCGCAACCCUCCCAGCUUUGGACCCGGCUUCAUCAAUGAGUCUCAGAGGCAGCAAUACGAGGAGUGGCUAGGUGAGACGCAGCAGCUCCUGCAGAUGCAACAGCGCCUCCUAGAGGACCAGAUUGCAGCUCACCGCAAGGCCAAGAAGGCUCUGUCAGCGAAGCAGAGAACGGCCAAGAGGGCGGGCCGAGCCUUCGCUGAAGAGGAUGCAGCCCAGCUGCAGUACAUCAGUGAACAGCAGGGGGCAGUCCAGAAACAGCUGGAGCAGAUCCGGAAGCAGCAGAAGGACCACACUGAACUGAUUGAAGACUAUAGGACCAAACAACCUCAGAGGAUGCUGCAGAUGCCCCCCCAGAUGCCCUUGGGGCAAGUCCUGGUCCCCCCUACGCCCCGCCUGGGCGGUGCUGCUCCAGGUCACCGUCCAAACGUCCCCUCAGGCUGGACUCCAGGGUCUGGUCCUCCCAUGGGUCAGAGGGUGCUUCCACAGCUUCCAGCCCACAUGCCCCCCAACCUGCCUAACUGUCCUCGGGCCCCCCCUCUCAUCCAGACGACUCUGCCCAUGAAGCCAGUCCUGACCGCCCCAACGCCAGGCUUAACUAACCCCCAGGGCUCCCUAGGGGGCGCCAAUGGAGCGCCAGGGGACGGAGCCACACCUCAGGUGAAAUUUGAUGACAACAACCCGUUCAGCGAAGGUUUCCUGGAGCGUGAAAGGAGGGAGCGCUUGAGAGAGCAGCAGGAGCGACAGAGGGUUCAACUGAUGCAGGAGGUGGAGCGUCAGCGCGCUCUGCAGUGGAGUCUGGACCAGCAGGACCUCUGCGGGUCCGGAGCAGCCGGUGCUCCUGGGAAACGCGGACCGGUUCCUGGUGGAGGAGCUGGACUGGUCAGCAGCGAGGACCAUCUGUCCCAGGGAGCGUUCUGCAUUGCUGAACCUGGACUGGGCUUCCUUCCUUCCUCCUUGGCCUCCAGGCAUCAGGUCCAGGGGCGUACUGGGGGCGCCGACCUGCACCAGGGCUUCCCAGGAGGUUCCCUGCCCCUCAGGGCCACCCCCACCGCAGCUCUCCAUCCUGAUGUUGCCGCAGAGCGAGGCAGCCUCCAGUUCAGGCCCAGGAUGUCGGGACUGCUGCGUCCAGCGGGGAUCAGUCCUCACCUGUUGGGACACGACUCCUCCUCGUCUUCACCAUUGACCCCACACCCCCACUCCUCUUCUGGAGGCCUUGCCUCCCUCGCUGAUAUCAUCCCUGAUGACAAACCGAAGAACAGGAGAUUGAACAGAGCUGAGGAAGGAGCCAGAACUCCUCUGUCACCACACUCUGACAUCACAGCUCCACCCACUCCGGCUGUCUCAGACAAGUCCUGCUCUACACCCACCCACCAACCGGACACUGCCUUCUCUGGCCUGGCUUCUUCACCUGACAUAGAAAGACAGCAGAGAGGCAGCGUGGUGGAGGGCCACAGAGGCCCUGUGUCUGGGGGCAGCCUGGAAGUCAAGGAAGAGCUGAUGGAGGCGCGGCCCUGCCGGGGGAUCCCUGUGAAGGUAGAGGAGGCUGGGGAAGAAUGCUUCUCCUCCCCCGCCUCUCACGGGGGAGAUGGAGGGAAGGAGCUGCUCCGACACCUUCUGAGGGACAAAACGUCGCCCAUAACGAUGACAACUCCCUCCAGGCCGGCUGCACACCGCCAGCUGUCCAAUGACGGCGUGCGAUCUGAGGAAGAAGAUGAGCCAGGUUUCCAUGGUAACAUGGUGCCACUGGGGGACGGUCCAAAGAAAAUUAAGCGCACCAAGAGAUUGAGUCUACCUGACAAAGACAGAGCUCCAUCCAAGUCCAAAAGGAGGAGAAAGGAGGAUGAUGAAGAGAAGAGCUCCUCCUCUGACUCACUGAUGACCCAGCUGAGUCAGCUGUCAGUGCUGCCACUCAUGGAGCCCAUCCUGGGUGUAGACCUGAGCCUCUUCCCCCCAUACGGCAGCUCAUCUAUAGGCAGAGACUCCCUGCUGAGAGGCUCCUUUGGGAAUGCCUCUUUGGAUGGCGUCUCAGACUUCUACUCCCAACUCGUCUACAAGAACAACCUCAGUAACCCCCCCACACCUCCGGCAUCUCUGCCCCCAACACCUCCACCUGUAAGCAGACAGAAGAUGGUGAACGGCUUUGCCACAAUGGAGGAGCUGACCAGAAAGGAACUGAGCGAGCAGGAAGACUUGCCAACUCUGAAGCACAAAGAGGAUGAGCUUCUCAAUCUAAACCACUCCUCCAAGACCGUAGAUGUCCCUGCAUCCCUGCCAACGCCGCCCCACAACAACCAGGAGGAGCUCAGGGUCCAGGAGUCGUUGGAGUGCCACAGUCCGGAGGGGUUUGUCCCGUCCUCGUCUCCAGAGAGUAUGGUGGACAUGGAGGUCAGCAGGUACCCUGACCUGUCUUUCAUCAAGCUGGAGCAGCCCUCGCCCUGCCCGUCACCUACAUUACCCAUCAUUCCCUGCACCUGGGGCAAAGGCUUUUCAGUGAAACAGGAAGUGAAGACAGAACCACAGCUCCAAGUGCAAUCCACCUGUUCCAGCACAGACCUGGUUACCAUAGCGAUCACUCUGAACCCGGCCGCCUCUCAGAACGUCCCGGGUGUGAUGGCGGCGGUGGCGGCGCUCCUCAGGGUACCCAGCCCCAUCAACUACCAGCUGAGCCGAGCGCCGACACUAGAGCGGAGCAGCCUGGCCCUGCUGGCAGGAGUGCGUGUGCCGAUGUCGCAGGGUUCAGCAGCAUCCAGAUUGCAGAGAGCGCCACCUGCUGCCAGAAACUCGCCACGCUGCUGCAGCCGCUGCAAAAGGCUUCUGGUAAACGGAGUUCACUACAGACAGGACGGUGAGUCCAGAGACAGACCCAGUUUGGUGUUUUGCAGUCCAACCUGCUCUGCUCUAUUCGAGUCAGAGCAGCAGAACCGCUCUGCAAGACCCAAGCCUGCGGUGCCGGUGCUUCUGGAUGGUUCUGGUUCAACUCCUCCUCUCAGCAGAACACAGCACCAGUACGCCAACAACAUGUCCUCCAUUGCUGUCCAUUCUCUCCCACGCACCGACUCUUCCUCCUGCUCUCCUUCCUCCUCCUCACCACCACUUGCCUUUCCACCUGCCUCUGCUAUUACCAUGGAGACUAGGCCCCACCCCGACAGCCUCAAGGUGACGGUCAAGCUAAAGCCCCGUCCACGGACCGUGUCAGGUGAUGACUCUCUGUGUCCUCAAGACUUGAAGAAGAUGAAGAUUUCUCGGUGGAGACGCUGGAGCUUCAGCAUUACUCUCAACAGGGGUUCCCGUGUUGCUAACAAGGCGGGUGCCAUUCCAACAGAGGAAGAAGUGGAUGAGCUUCUGAAGGAGUUUGGAGCAUGCCUGCGUCCCGACCCGCUGCCUAGAGACCAGCGUAGGUGCUGCUUCUGCCAUCAGCAGGGGGACGGUCUGACGGACGGCCCUGCCCGACUCCUCAACCUGGACCUGGACCUCUGGGUGCACCUGAACUGCGCUCUGUGGUCCAGCGAAGUGUACGAGACACAGGCGGGCGCGCUCAUCAAUGUAGAGCUGGCGCUGCGGCGGGGCCUGGCGCUCCGCUGCGCCCACUGCAGCCGCUGCGGCGCCACAACCGGCUGCAACCGGCUCCGGUGCACCAACACCUAUCACUUCACCUGCGCCCUGCAGGCCCACUGCACCUUCUUUAAGGAUAAGACCAUGCUGUGCUACCUCCAUAAGCCCAGGACCCUUCCUGUGAGCGGGGACAGGUCAUCCAGCUCCUCCCCGUUCUCCACGCCCGGCCUGCCCUCCGACCCCACUCCCGGCUCCGACCCGUAUGACUCGGAGCUGCGUUGCUUUGCCGUAUUUCGGCGAGUCUUCGUGCAACGGGACGAGGCGCGGCAGAUCGCCGCUGUUGUGCAGCGGGGCGAGCGGCAGCACACCUUCCGUGUCGGCAGCCUGCUGUUCCGCGCCGUUGGCAGGCUCCUCCCACAGCAGAUGGAUGCCUUCCACAACGAGGCCGCCAUCUUCCCUGUCGGUUACCAUGCCAACCGCUUCUACUGGAGCAUGCGCUACAGCAACAGACGCUGCAAGUACCUGUGCUACAUCGAGGAGCACGAAGCCCGGCCGCUGUUCAAGGUCAAGGUGGUGGAGAAAGGUCACGACGACGUCGUCCUGACGGGGGCCACGCCUACAGCGGCGUGGGCCCAGGUUCUGGAGGCGGUGGCCCGGAUGAGGAGCUGCAGUGGGACUCUGAAGCUGUUUCCUGUUUACCUGAAAGGAGAGGAACUGUUCGGCCUGAAGACAUCUGCCGUGACCCGGAUCAUCGAGUCUUUGCCGGGGGUCGAGGCGUGUGAGCGCUACACUUUUCGCUACGGCAGGAACCCCCUCAUGGAAUGGCCUCUGGCCUUCAACCCGUCCGGCUCGGCUCGCUCUGAACCCAAGGCCUGCCAGGCCAAGAGACCUUACCUGCUGACCAGUGUGGCCCCCAGGUGUCAGGGCUCAGUGGGCUCCAUCGUCGGCCUCGUUCCCGGCGUUCUGUCUUUGUCUCCUGGCGAGUCGGUGGCUGCUGCCCAUCAGGGCCGCCACUCCAAGUCGGCCCAGUACCGCCGCAUGAAGGCGGAGUGGAAGAGCAACGUGUAUCUGGCUCGCUCUGGUAUCCAGGGACUGGGGCUGUACGCCGCCAGAGACAUCGAGAAGUGCACGAUGGUCAUCGAGUACAUUGGGACAAUAAUCAGGAGCGAGGUCGCCAACCGCAAGGAGAGGCUGUACGAGGCCCAGAACCGAGGCGUGUACAUGUUUCGGAUCGACAACGACUAUGUGAUCGACGCAACCAUCACCGGAGGACCGGCGAGGUACAUCAACCACUCCUGUGCUCCCAACUGCAUCACUGAGGUGGUCAUGGUGGAGAAAGAGAACAAGAUCAUCAUCAGCUCCUGCAGACGCAUUCAGAGAGGAGAGGAGCUAUGCUACGACUACAAGUUUGACCUGGAGGAUGACCAGCACAAGAUUCCGUGUCACUGUGGAGCCGUGAACUGCCGCAAAUGGAUGAACUGAGAGCAUGGAGGCCUCUGGCGCCCUGUGGGCGGAGUUAACAUGACAUCAUCACUGGUCUGUGGGCAGAGCUAGCAUGACACCAUAAUAAAACUGAUUGAUUAGAUCAGAGGAAAUAAAGUUUAUACUUAAUUAAUUUACAAAUGGGACACAUUUAUAAUCUGUUGUGGGUGGAGUCUGUGCUGACGGGGCGGAGCUUACUAAGAGGCUGGUCCUCGCUGUAAAUUGGUUGUAAAUGUGAGUGUAAACGCCACUGAAAUAAGCGAAUGUGUCGUCCUUUAACUUGCACUAAAACAUAAAAUGACAAACACACAAACCUACCUGAUUCCACCGCUUGGUCCUCCCCUCUUCCUCCUUCUCAUCAGUUUCCUGUAAAAUAAGAUUUUUUUUUUCUUUUUGUAUUUAUUAAUGAAUUAAGCUAUUUUCUAAAACUAUGGUGCAUUUGAGGUCCAGUGUGUAAAUAUCUGUACCAUAAGUAAAAAGUCAGACACAAAGAUUAGAGCACCCCCCGACUCCUGUGUGUAGACAGGCUUCUGUUACUUCACCCAGAGUUUAGGCUGCAGGCGUCUGCUGCCGUGUAAAUACGAGGUUUAUUCAGGCCCUGCUGUGUACAGAUAGACGACAUGAAGCCUUGUCUCUGUUUUUUUAUUAAUGGAUGUAAACAAAGUGAUGUUUCUGGAAAAUAUGGUGAAUCUGAUUUAGAAUCAUUUACAGAAAAUAAAUAUUUUACAUCUUAGAGAAA